AUAUAUAAUAAAUAACGAUUACAUACCGUUUGCAGCCUGCAAAAGAAUACAGUAGCCAUAUUUUUGGCCGCUCAUGAUUAUGCGUUCACUCUCAUCCCCGACUUUCAUCGAUUUUUUCGAUUGGAACGAGCCGCUGAUAGCGACUGAUAGUUGUGACGGUUCAUUCGCCGGGGAAACCAUCGGGUGAGCAGAUAAGUAAAAACCACUCGCGAAGUCAGAGUGUCCCGUAUCUGUUCCGCAUCGAUAUACAUCAAAAGAUAUACAGAAUUUCGUCAUCAAAAUAAAUUCGCUUCCCGUAAGAGCCGAGCGCUUCCGCGAAGGAGGCGAAAAACGCGAGCGGAGUGAGCCGUCGUUUUUCAGUGUUUUUGCAGUGAGAAAUCAAUCAAUUCGUUUCCCACGUUUUGCAGAUUUACGUAAUCGUGAUGCAUGAUCCGGUAUGUACUUUAGCGUUUCAUAAAGUACCAUCGAAAACCCAUUUCUCUCCAUAUGCGUGUGUGUGGAAGGUAAGUGGCCUGAAGAGGUCUCGCAUUAUGACUUCAGCGGUAUCAGUCGCUGACCGUUCUGAUAUGUAUUACGUGUUUUCAGUUAUUUAAGUAUUCUCACGGCUUCAUGCGACGGUUUUGCACAGCGUACAACUGAGAGACACCCCCAUAAGAGAAUCCAUAAGUGAAAUGCCACGAGUUCGCAGUCAAUCUUUGGUAAGUAGAUUCAGCGAUGAAUCGUUGCAGAAAUAUGUCCUGAAAUAUAUUAACUUUCACAUUAAUUUUAACGACAAAUUCCUUCGAGAUCAAUUAGAAUAAAUUUCGAGAUUAAUUGGAGCAGCGAUGUACACAGCAAGAAGAAAAAUCUAGCUGAAUCUAAAUUUUCAUUUCCCAAGUUAUAAUUAAAAACAUGAAACAUUAAAUGUGAGAAAAUUCUUUUGAAAUUUGUCGAAGAGGUUAAAUUUUAAGUAUUUAUAUUGAUUUUAACGCAAGAUAUUUUAAGCACUUUUUUCUUCAGAACCAUGUAUCUGAAGUCAUGCAACGUUGUUGAGACAAACGAGAACGAGCCGGUUAAAGUCGAGGACGAUGAAGUGUUUUGGAUUAUUAUGGACUGCUUUCUAUUCAUUGUGAUCGUUUUGGGAAAUACUCUCACGAUACUGGCGAUCUCGUGGGCCCGCAGGCUUCGCAAUGUCAUCUCGAAUUAUUUUAUACUCAAUCUAGCGAUGUCCGAUCUGCUGGUGGGUGUCACGUUGCUGUACAACCUAGCGAUUUACGUGGACAAUGGAUUGUACAAUAACAAGCCGCUGUGCAUUUGGUACAUCGUUACCAUUAAUCUUGCGUGCGGCGGAAGUAUGCUGUAUCUUAUCGCGAUCGCCGUCGACCGGUACGUCGCGAUCGUCCAUCCAUUGAGCUACAACGCGUACAUAACGAGGAAGCGCGCAUUGCUGGUCAUAAUCGUCAUUUGGAUACUCAUCACAGCUGUAUCAGCGAUUCCGAUAUAUUGGAAUUGUUCCGACGCAGAUGUUUCGUGGACGCAGAUGUGCGAAACAAUAUUGCCGAAAUACUACAAAAUGGGUAUACAAAUGCCGUCGUUCUGUCUCAGUUGGAUAGCGAUGUUGUUGCUGUACUGGAAGAUUUGGAAAGAAGCGAAAAUGCACGCACGCCGAAUGAAUCUUACUGUUGUGUCAAACAUCGCUGAUCACAAAAACGUGCAGGUGAUGAUGCUGAUGCUGAUACUAGGCUGUUUUUCAAUCUGCUGGCUUCCCUACUUCGUUGUGGCUAGCAUGGUGUCAUUCGGCGUGAACCUGGAUUGGUCAUUAAAACUGACGUUUACACUGGCCACUGCUAACAGUGGUAUGAACCCGUUUAUAUACGCGUGGAAGAAUUCCAAUUUCCGCAGAGCCUUUCAGAAAAUGUUGCACCUCAAAUCGCCCAACGACGAUCUGAAUUGGAGCUUUAAAAUGUACUUGGAAAAACAACACAAGCUGAACAGCCAGCAGAUAGAAAAUGGCCAACGUAUAAACAGAAAUGGCAGUUUGCAUGGAUCGUUCAAUGCUCAAUCUAAUCGCGCGGAAACAAAUGGAACGAACAAUUUUGUAAAUCCAAUUGUGUUGGCUUAAAAGCUGUAGAAAUAAAUUAUAAAUUACUUUUGUCAAUUCCUAUGGAAAUAUAAAUAAAAAGAAAUUGUAAUAUUAUCAUAAAGCGAAAAGUUUUCGAAAUAAAAGAUUGCAAAAAUUUGCAAUUAAAGUUGUGUGAAUGCACCGUCUUUUUUCAUUUGAAAGCAAAACUUUUCCACGCCAUAUAUUGAUUAUAAU